UGGAAGAUCUCCAAUCCUCUGACGUGUUUUAGUGUGUUUAGUUUAUAAUGUGUCGUCUUGUUGUUUUUUUCUUUGGGUUGUUGGCCCUGGUGACGACAUGGGGACAGAGGGUGCCCCAGUUCUCCAACCGCGUGGUACGGUGCGCGGGAGUCUACUACCCCCGCCUCGGCUGCUUCAGCCGCUUGCCGCCCUAUAACAACACCGACAGACUACCGGCGGACCCAGCAGACGUCAAGACCAACUUCAGGCUGUAUACGCGAUCGAAUCCCUCCACGCCAGACAGAUUGAAGUCGGACGACCGGUCCAGCAUCAGUGGUUCUCACAUGGACGCGAGUCUACCUAUCAAGGUUCUCAUCCACGGCUUCCUACAGAACGGGGACAUGGAGUUUCUGGUUAACAUGACCCAGGCACUGCUCACCCACGCAUCAGCGAAUGUCCUGGUCGUAGACUGGAGCGCCGGUGCCGGCUUCCCUUACACGCAGGCGGUGGCCAACGCGCGUCUGGUCGGGGCGGAGACCGCCCUGAUGCUCCGUGAAGUCUUUGACGCCCUCGGCGCCCGGGCUGACCAGGUGCACGUCAUCGGGCACAGCAUCGGCGCCCACAUCGCGGGCUACGUGGGCGCCUUGGUACCGGAGAUCAGCAGGAUCACAGGCCUGGAUCCCGCUCAACCGAAUUACUCAGGGUUCGAUCCGGCUGUCAGAUUGGAUACAUCCGAUGCCAAAUUUGUGGAUGUUAUCCACACGGAUGCUGAGCCGUACACUACCGUCAAAGGGUACGGCAUCAUAGAGCCCAUUGGUCACGUGGAUUUCUACCCCAACGGUGGCAGGAACCAGCCCGGGUGCGCCGAGGAAGAUUCGCUGCUGGGCUUGGUUGAGGACGUGCUGAGUAACGGAAUCACAACCGCCGAGGUGGACCUAACAUGCAGCCACGAAAGGUCCACCUCUCUGUUUACGUCCUCCAUCAUUCAGAGCUCCGCCUCCAAUGGCCGCCAAUGUCACAUGACCAGCUUCCCCUAUGCAGCAGUUUUGAAAACUUCACCAGAGGAGAGUGUCUGGGCUGCGGGAAUUACCCGUGUCCUACCAUGGGCUAAUGACUAUGCCAGCCGCCCCUUCUUUUCAAAACAGAGGCGUUUUUUUUUACUUGAAACACCACAGCGGCGUAUCCAUUCUGUGAAUGGGACGUAA